CAGUCCUGAAUCUAGCUUGGAGAAUAAUUUACAAUUGAAAUUAAAUCCAGUGAAUAUAACUGCAAACUCCUUUCCCCAACCAGUACAUCCCCACCCAGGCAAGUGAAAGAAAUGUACGCCAGAGGAAUAGUGACCUUAUUCCCCUACCUCAAUGACCCAUUCUCUAAGAAUGGUUAUGAGCACUAUUAUGAUGGGGAGAGUGGAACUGGAUACUUGGCCUGAAGGAUUAAAACUCUUCAGAGAGGCACUGCUAAAGACAGGCGAUCGUCAUUUGGAGAAUCAGCCAAAGGAUCUGGUGAAAACAUGUCUGGAGGUCCAACUGUCAGACGAGAGUCUGAGUUUGUUCCAGAGACUGCUUUGACUGAAGAUGAGUGCAACGAGGCAAUCUCAUUGAUGAAACAUUCAGCUGAUGAGGACACUGUCAAGAAGAAAAUGAAACUAACGUUUGUGUAUCGCCACAACAUGGUCCAUGACCCCCAGCAGUCGAGCAACAUACUGUCCGAAAGACGUCAAAUGCUUGGUUGAACAGGAUUUCAUUCUGAUGUUUGGAGAGGAAACCUCAAGCAAGCUUCUGGAGAGGUGGCCGGUCAUGUUCAAGAAAAAGAUCAUCCAACAAUGCAGAAAGCUUCCAACCACAAGUGAGCUUGAAGAACUCUUGCUGGCAGCUGAUCCUCCUGAGGAUGGCACUGAAGUUGAUGUUGAUUUUGGUUGGGACAGUGACCUUUCGUCGAUUUUAUUGCUGCUACACCUGAUUCCACCCUCUGCUCAGGGUCGAAAGAGACCAGGAAAGGUUUUGGCAUCCCAAGCAGAGAAGCAUCUUGUGGUCUUUAAGAGGACUGGAACAAACAUUCAAGAGCAUAUCGAUGCCAUCACCACCAGAGCUCAACCCCAUCUCCUGGCUGUUGGAGUUGAACUCAUGGGGAGCGUGCCCUGCUUACUGCAGCUUUUGUCAGGAAGCAGUCCCUCUCCAAAACUCCAGAGAUUCCAGACCCCAGUGAGUGGGGUUGGGAAUGGAACCACAGAACGAAGUCUGGGUGCCAUGUUGGACAGAACUGGAAGAUGUCAGCAAGGGAUGCUCACUCCUCCUCAACUGUGGCUGUGUGGUUGCCUGUAA